CUGAACCCUUGCGCAUGCGUGUUUGGAGUCGGCCCCCGGUCGCUACGCCAUCUUUGUCGGCUGCCCCAUUGUUCACUCAGAAACUACCAGCGGUGUUAAAAUCCCUUCUAUUUCUGCUGAAAACAGACCCACGGCGUCACCGACUGCUGCCCGCGACAACCGUGGAUUUCCUCUCAGGGUCGCAGCUUGUUUUCGGCCGACAAGUGUGACACAAUGGACGACGAGCAGCCCAAAACCCUGUACGUUGGGAAUCUGUCCCGGGAUGUGACAGAAGCCCUCAUCUUGGAGUUGUUUGGCCAGAUCGGACCCUGCAAAAGCUGUAAAAUGAUUGUAGAUACAGCAGGUCACGACCCGUACUGCUUUGUGGAGUUCUAUGAACAUAGACACGCCACUGCCACAAUUGCAGCCAUGAACGGUCGGAAAAUAUUGGGUAAGGAGGUGAAGGUCAACUGGGCCACGACGCCGACGAGCCAGAAGAAAGACACGAGCAGUCACUUCCAUGUUUUCGUGGGAGACCUCAGUCCUGAAAUAACCACAGACGACAUAAAAGCCGCUUUUGCUCCGUUUGGCAAAAUAUCGGAUUGUCGGGUGGUGAAAGACAUGGCUACGGGUAAAUCUAAAGGUUACGGCUUUGUCUCCUUCUUUAACAAAUGGGAUGCAGAAAAUGCCAUCCAGCAGAUGGGGGGACAGUGGCUGGGAGGACGACAGAUCAGGACCAACUGGGCGACAAGGAAGCCCGCCCCAAAAACCACAAACGAAUCUUCAAGUUCAAAGCAGUUGUCCUUCGAUGAGGUGGUGAACCAGUCCAGCCCGAGCAACUGCACCGUCUACUGCGGGGGGGUCACAACCGGCCUCACGGAACAAAUUAUGCGUCAGACCUUUUCGCCUUUCGGUCAAAUAAUGGAAAUUCGCGUUUUCCCGGAGAAAGGAUACUCGUUUGUGAGAUUCAACUCUCAUGAGGCAGCCGCUCACGCCAUCGUUUCCGUCAACGGCACGUCCAUAGAGGGCUACGUGGUGAAGUGUUACUGGGGCAAAGAGACGACAGACAUGGUCCAGGGCCCCAUCCAGCAGGUACCCAUGGCACAGCAGAACACGCUGGGCUUCGCAGCGCAGCCCUACAACCAGUGGGGGCAGUGGUACGGCAACACGCAGCAGAUCGGGCAGUACGUGCCCAACGGGUGGCAGGUGCCGAGCUACGGCGUCUACGGACAGACCUGGGAUCAGCAGGGCUACAAUCAUUUACACGCUGGAGCCGGAUGGACGGGAAUGGGCGCCAUCAGCAACGGCGGCAUGGUGGAGCCCGGGCAGGGCGUCAACGGGACGGUGCUAACCAACCAGGCCGGCAUGAGCACUGCCGGCUACCCCACCCACUGAUCAUAGCCGCCGCCCCCUGUUAGCGUCCAAAGGAGGAGGAUACUCUGCCGUCGAAGGAGCGCAUCAGAUGUGCUCGGACUGUCACAUCACAAAAAUUACUGUUAGUGAAGCUGGUACGCCAUUCUCCUGAUUCUACCAGCCCCGAGUCUCACCCACUGCCCGACUCUGCAAGUGUAAAGAUACAGAUUCUCACUCUGACACUGUUAAAGCUCCUGCUAAUCCACCUUGCAUUCCUGGGCCCAUUUUAGUUUCUUUUCUUUGGAGUAUAAACUGGCCAAAAUGUAAAUUAAACGACGUGUCAAGCGAUUUCUAGUUCAGUUCAAAGAGGAAAAAAAGAAAGUAAACCUUUGUUAAAAACAGCUUUGUUUUCAGCCCCUCAGAGCCAAAGAGCACGGGCGAAAUUUUAUACUGAUAUUUAACAAUCAAACCGAUGAAAGAGGCAGAGUUUUGCCGCUCGAUAGUCCACAGUUUUAAGCGACGCGCCGACCGUUAUCUUCCUCCCCCGCGCCGGAGCCGCCAGCCUCACUGUUCUGUCCGCCGGUUUCCAUAGCAACACGAGUCCCAGCCAGUUCUCAGGGUCUUGUGGAGUCGUUCUGUGAAGGGUUGAGGAGGCGGGGGGAAAAGUGGGCGUGUCCUCGUCAUCUCCGGAACCGGACUGAACCGACGGAGAUCUGUGGAUUAAAGGGUGUGUUUGCUUCUGUGUGUGCAUGAACUGAUGCUUUUACUCACCAAGACGACGUCCUGGUCCACGUCUCCUCAAUCCAAAAGGACUAUGCCAUUCUUUCUUUUUUUUUUUUUUUUUUUGCUACCUAUAUGAUAGAGAACAUGUGUUUUAAUUUUUUUUGUUUUGGGGCAACUUAAAAUGCUGAAAUUGUACAAAGAGCUUUGGCGUUUCCUGUUUCAUUUCAGGACUGGAGCAAAAUCUGCGAAACCAACGAAUCAUGCCGGACCGUGUCGAGUUUGUUUGUGAAAGAGGCUGCCAACUUCUUCUUUUUUAAAUUCGUAUAUAUCUCAAAUAAAUACGAUUGCAGGGAUUACUGCCAGUCAUCAAACCAAGAGGCAGACAAAUGUUGCACAUAUACUAAAGGCUGUCUUUACAAAAUUUGAAAUGCGAAAACUUAUUUUUUUUUCUUUUUUUUGCAUUCCACUUUAUUUGUGAUUUUACUCGGGAACCUGUCUUAUGUAAAUAACCCAAGCGGUCUGUCACAAUGUACUAAAUCUGUAUAAAGACAUGUUCAUGAAGAAAA